CGCAAGAAAAAAGGCCGAGCUGCAUUGUGGGGAUUGCGCCCAAAAAACGCAUAAAGGCAUCGUUUUGGACGGUUCGCAGCCACCCCUUUUUAGAAUUCCUCCUUUUUCUUGGCGGCAAAAAGUGAGAAAGAAAGCAAAAACCCUCAAAUAAAGUGAAAUUCCACACUCACUUGCAACCCAAGAACACUGCGAGAGAAGAGAGCAGAGAGCUUGUGGAGAUGGAAGACAAGGGUGUUGUUGCUGCAGAAGCUUUGGCGACGAGGCAGCAGAAGCAGGUUCUGCUCUUCUACUGUGUAGAGAUGGAGGACGUGGCUCGCAAAAUCGCUUCUGAGUCUCCUUUCAUUCAGCUCCAAUCCAUUAACUGGAGGAGUUUUGAUGAUGGUUUUCCAAAUCUAUUUAUAAACAAUGCGCAAAACAUCAGAGGCCAACACGUUGCCUUUCUUGCGUCAUUCAGCUCACCUGCAGUGAUCUUUGAACAGCUUUCUGUCAUAUUUGCACUGCCAAGGCUCUUUGUUGCCUCUUUUACGUUAGUGUUGCCGUUCUUUCCAACUGGUUCCUUUGAGAGAAUGGAAGAGGAAGGGGAUGUCGCAACUGCGUUUACCAUGGCAAGAAUAUUAUCCAAUAUUCCGAUAUCAAAAGGUGGUCCAACCAGUUUAGUUAUCUAUGACAUCCAUGCCUUGCAGGAAAGGUUUUAUUUCGGGGACCAAGUCUUGCCUUUGUUUGAGACUGGAAUUCCCUUGUUGAAGCAACGGAUUCUGCAGCUUCCAGAAUCUGAUAAGAUAGUUGUUGCGUUUCCCGAUGAUGGAGCUUGGAAGCGGUUUUACAAGCAAUUCAGCAACUACCCUGCUGUUAUCUGCACAAAAGUUCGGGAAGGUGAUAAGAGAAUAGUCAGGCUAAAAGAAGGCAGCCCCGAUGGUUGUCAUGUGAUCAUUGUUGAUGACUUGGUGCAGUCGGGAGGUACCCUAAUUGAGUGCCAGAAAGUUUUGGCAGCCCACGGGGCGGCUAAGGUGAGCGCUUAUGUCACCCACGGUGUUUUCCCUAAGCGGUCAUGGGAGCGCUUCCUGCACAAGGAUGGAGGACGGUCAGAGAAAGCGUUUUCCCACUUUUGGAUCACGGAUUCGUGUCCCCAUACUGUAAAAGCCAUUGCAAAUAAAGCUCCCUUUGAAGUGUUGAGUCUAGCAGGAUCCAUAGCUGAGACUCUUCAAAUAUGAAUUGUGACCCUCUGGUCUAUGCCAUAAUUUACAAUUGGAGUUUAGUUCAGGAACAAUGAAAAACUUCAAAAUGUUUUAGUGCUUGUGCUGCAACAACUCACUUCUGAAAUGCUAAAUUGAUCCUUUAUCUCUUGCUUUUCUGUGUGUCAUUUCAUAAAUAUAUGCACAUUUUACUUGUCUA